AUGGCUAAGAAAGAUUCCGUUAAAGAUUCAGCAGAGGCUGAAAAGGAUAACUAUGACCUCAAACUUCCUUACGUUCUUCCAUUUGCACAACCUCUUGCCUCCAAAAAACUGAAUAAAAAAGUACUAAAGACUGUCAAAAAGGCAGCAAAGGCAAAGCACGUUAAAAGAGGUGUUAAGGAAGUCGUCAAAGCUUUGAGAAAGGGAGAGAAGGGUUUGGUCAUUAUUGCCGGCGAUAUUUCUCCUGCAGACGUUAUUUCCCAUAUACCUGUUCUGUGUGAAGACAAUGGUGUACAGUACAUUUUUGUCCCAAGCAAGGAGGAUCUAGGUGGUGCAGGCGGUACAAAAAGACCAACCAGUUGUAUUAUGAUUGUCCCUGGUGGUGGUAAGAAAGGUGACAAAUCCGGCAAGUCUGAAGAAUACAAGGAAAGUUACGAUGAAAUUUCAAAGGAAAUCAAGAAUUUAUAA